UUUUUCAUAUAGCAGAGAGAGGUUUCUUUUUUACUGAUAAAGUAGAUCGCUUUUACUAUGACAAAGGCAAGAAAGCAAAGCGUUUUCAAGCUGUUUCAUGGAAAUGGAGACCUGGUCAACCGAGCUCCAAAGCCACCAACAUUUUUUUUUUCUGCACCAAGGCUUUUGGGACUAGAUCGUGGAGCUUGGCGUCAGCUGGAUUCGUUCAGUUUACCACCUCGUUGAUUAAAUUCCACGCAGUAGAGCCGUUGGAAAAUGUCGAGUCUUUCUCCUUUUUUCUCAUUUUGCAGUAUCGCCGACGGUGGUUUUUGUUCAUUUCUGUUCACACGACGAGGGUAUAAUUCUUCCGCCUUUUGUCUUCUUCUGUUUUUCCUCUUUGCUUUUUUCACUUGUAAGUAAAUUUACCUGAGAUGGAAGAUUGACUUUGAUCACUCGUAAUUCUGCAGGUAAUCCGUGACGCUGCAAGAGAAGCUCAUUGAGAAGAAAAUUCGAGAUGCAGAGUGGUCAGGAAGUGAAAGUUCAUUAUGUGAGAUCGGGCUUGCCCCUCAGAAUUGAGGAGCAUUUUGACGGAGAUGAACAUCUUGAUGAUUUUAUUCUUGCCCAGGCUCUUCAGGAUCAGGAAACUUAUUACAAGUCAUUUGAAACAAGCUGUGGAGAUCAAGUAGGUUCUUCAAGUACUGGUCCUAAUGGUACUCACCAUCAAAGUGGUGAUGAGAGAAGGAUUUUGACUGUAAAAAAGGAUGUGGAUGAAGAAAGUGUUAAGCGUCAAUUUGCGAUUGAUGAAGCAUUGGCUAUUGCUUUGCAAGAGAUGGAGAACCUAGCAAUUGAAUCUUCGUCCAAUAGAACUGCUAGAAGUGAAGUAAGGGAAAAUCCUCCAGCAGGUAACAAUGAAACAAACUCUACGGCUAGUACUUCUCAGGUGGUUAUUCAGGAUGAUAUCGACCCUGAUAAUAUGACUUAUGAAGAAUUGCAAUCACUAGGAGAGGCCAUUGGAACACAGUGUAAAGGCCUGUCUGAUGAGCUAAUCUCAUACCUAGAAUCUUCUAAGUACAAGACAGGAGGGUUAUUCUCCAGAAACAAGCAGCAUGAUGAGUGUGUGAUAUGUUGCACAGAAUACAAAAGAGGCGACAGUUUAAUUACUUUGCCUUGCAAACAUUUUUACCAUGCAGAUUGUGCUUCUCGCUGGCUGCGAGUCAAUAAGGUAUGUCCCGUGUGCUAUUCUGAAGUGUUUGGUUCGUGACCUGCUGUGAUGGGCUGUCUGCUUCUGCUUCUGUGGCAAAGCUUCAGUUGGUUAAUUCCCAGAGGAUAUAUGUAAAUAAAUUUUUGAAAACCUGAACAGAUGUACCUAAGAGUUUGCCUUUACUAUCUUUCGAUAAACUUGGUUGUUUGUGCAUCAAUUAAAAACUACUUUCUGUUGAUGACUUCGUUGAGACGCAGUGGACAUGCGCAUCUUCAGGAAAUUAUCAAAUUUAUCCAAGUUA